AUGUGUAAGAAACCAGUGUCUGCGUGGGCGUGUAGCGUGGGUUGGGUGGCGUGGGGAUGGGCGUGGGGCGUGCAGGUGUUGGGAGUGCUGGUCAUCAGCUACGAGAGAGUGAGGUGCAUGGGCAGACCACUUCAAGGAGUGUUGGCACCCCGCACCGCCAUUUUUCUAGCAGGGGCGGCGUGGUUGUGUGGCGGCGUGGUGGGCGUCACCAUGGGCAAGGGUCUGCAGUGUUCCUUGGUAAGCCGCGGCCAGCCGGGCGUGGCAGUAGGUGUGCUGGCCGGCGCUCUGCUCCCCGUCGUCCUGCUGGGAGGGCUGUGGACUCACGGCAUUAGGAAGCUGCGUCGCGCCUCCACUAGUGUGCAGACAGGCACCGGGUCAUCCUUUUGCUUCACAGGUGACAAUGCUUCCAGGUGGCGCCUUCCUCCUCCCCGACCCUCGCACAACCUUGAGGUAAAUCAGUUUUGUUUGUAGGACCGUAUUUUCAGACGCUUCGGCGUCUCAUCCCAGCUAUUGUGCGUCAUUAGGUAAGAGAAGGAGAGAGAGAGAGAGAGAGGGGCAGGGUGUGGGAUGAGAUCGAAACAUACCUGUAGUUGACCUGGAACGCGGAGCGGUGGAAACAGACCUGAACGUGUCGCUUACGGGGUUGGUAGACCAUUCUUGCCUCUCUGAUCUGACUUCUCUCUUCAGUUUUUGCUGGCAUUUCGCCAGCUGGGCUAUGCGGAGCCUUUUGAUCCGACUGGUAUGUCUCGAUCUUGUAUGUGGCUUUGAAACUUAUUCCAAUAAGAUGCUAUACAAGACAUUUAUAUGUUGAAUGGUAACGAAAAUGAAAAAUAGUCUGUUGUUACCCAAGCAAUCGUUUGACAGUGUAUUAUAGGGCCGUGAUUCUCCAGGCCAUAAUGUUUACUGUGAGUCAGUGGGCCGCCCCUCUUCUUGCUGGGUCCACCUCGUCUCUCCCGGCGAGCGGCAGCGCCCCCAGCCCCACCCUGCACCCUGAGGCCCUGCUGGAGGGAUCCCGUUCCCCCUCCCCCGUGUACUCCCGCCGCAGCAGCAUGUUGGAGGAGGACACCUUUACACAUGGAGGUGUAUACAUAGGCUCUCUUCAGUCUCACAUCCGGGUAAGUGAAGCGUCGGAUCAACAGAUGGUUUCCUGCUUGAUGAAGCAGCCUCCCUUCCCUUAUUUUUAGCUGAAGCGACAUGUCAACUCAAGGGAAUCUAGAAGGUAAGUAUCAUUGGCAAGAACUCCCUCCUUGUUUCUACAUUUCUUAUA